ACCCUGUUGUGCAGGGACAGAGUAAAUAAACUUUAAAUGUGAAUUUGCAUCAACUGAACACUUACAAGUGUGACACUUUUACCUGCUGGGACCAGGACGAGGCAGCUGCAGGGGCCCCGGUAUAUGACAGAGGGAUGUGUGGGCGGCCGUGGCAAGGCUGAGAGGUGAGCAGGCUGAGAAAACCCAGCAAGGUGAGCGUGGCUGGAGGCCGGGGGAAUAGGCAGGCUGUGCAGGGCUUACAUGGGUGAGUGAGGCGCCCGUUCUGGCCGAAACAUUAUGGCUCAGUGCUGAGGGAACCAUGGUGAGCAACAGCCAGAGACCCAGUCUUGGAUCAGGAGCUAUAGUGGAUACAGUUGAGGGAGUUUUUUGUAGCGCCUCACUGUUCUGAUAAGAAGAAAACAUGUACAAGCUACAAACUGCAAAUUGAGAAAUUUUGGUGAUUUUGCAAAUGAGAUAAAUGCUCCUAUGUUUGCACUUGAAAUUGGCAUUGCACAAAAUAAGUUGACUAAUAAUUUUUAAUUUUCCUUCUUAGAAUGACAAUGCGGCAAAUAAAGGAACCCCAUGAAAAGAGGGGAAAGAGACUGCAGAGGGAAGGAAAAAGCGUUGUAUUUCAGUACCAUAAUGGCACUUUUUCCUGCUUUUUGUAUAGGAGGCCCUGCAUUUGUGUUUCGUCCUGGGCCCCUAAAUUCUGCAGCUGGCCCUGGUUGAAAGCUGAGAAGUCAGAACAAAGGACACCUGCCCAGAGGCUGUACGAGGGGGUGGGCGGCGGUGGCGCUCACAUGGUCUGGAGCCCCCACCCCACCGUGUUUAUAUCUGGCAUGGUCUGGAGCACCCAUGCAUCUCUGUUCAUGUCUGGCUGUGGCAUCUAUUGACCAUGGGCUCUCCAAGUCACCUAAUCAUUUUGCAUCUCUCUUUUUUCAUGUCUAAGACAGGGAUAAUGACAGCACAUACCUGUUAGUGGCUGUUGUGAAGCUCUGUGUCAAGUUCUUAAGACAGAGCUUGUCACAAGUCAGCCAGGCGUCAUAAUCACCGAUGCCAUCUCUUAACAAACUGGCCCGAACUAUGAGCAGAGGGUGCAAUGCCAAGGGCUGUGGGGUGCCCAGAGGUGAACAAGAAGAGUCUGUUGUCAGGGAGCUUUCAGUGGGAUAAGGGAGAAGGGCCCCAUCAUGAAGGACACAGGGGGUCGGGGGUAGGGGGCCUUCCGGUGUGGGGGAUGUGGACAAACCUUCUGAGGAGAAAGGGUUGUGAGUUGAGUUGCGUCCCCUAGAAAGGUAUGUUGAAGCCCUAACCUGGUGCCUGUGAAUGAGCCCUUGCUUGCAGAACUGAUCGAGUUGAUCUGGGGUCAUUCUGGAGCAGGGUGAGCCUCGAGUUCCAUGUGACCAAUGUCCUCAUAGGAAGAGACAGGAGCACGGGGAGAAGGUGGCCAUGUGAAGAUGAAGGCAGAGGUUGGGGUGACGCAUCUACAAACAAGGGUUUCCCCGAACACCAGAGCUAAGAGCAAGGCAUGGGCGCCUCCCUGCCGUGGAGCCUGUGGAGGGAGCGUGGCCCUGCUGACACCAUGAGUGCAGACUCCUGGCCUCCAGGACUGGGAGACAAGAAGUUCCUGUUGUGGUGACCUCAGGAAAUGAACACAAAGGGUUAUUUGAGCUCAGUUGUUGAGCAAGAUACAGGUGUUGCAGGGAUGGGCUGCCACGUGGGCAGCAGCCUGGAUGGGAAGGAUUGUGCCAGGCGUGGGUUCCCACAAUGUGUUCCCCCGGCCGGCAGCGUCGCCACACCUGGGAAUCAUUAGGUGACAAAUGAGGGAAUUGCAAUUCUGGGCAGAGCUCAGCUGUGCAGGUUUUAGGAUGUUCUUCAGGUGCUUCUGCUGAGGGCCAGAGUUAAGACAGAGCUUAAGACAGAGAACUUCGUCAGGAGGACUGAAGGAAAGGAGCCAGGCUGCAGCCCUCUGCCUGCCCUUCCGUGCCAUCAUCGCCAGGAUAAAGGAAAGGACCAUUCAGGAAGCAGCACAGGGAGCUACACAUUUACUUGCCCACUGAUGAUUGAUGUUUUCAGCCAGCACGAUGGACAGAAGUCUAAGGAACGUCCUUGUUGUUUCCUUUGGGUUCCUGCUUCUCUUUACAGCCUAUGGAGGUCUGCAGAGCCUGCAGAGCAGCCUGUACAGCGAGGAGGGCCUGGGUGUGACAGCGCUCAGCACCCUCUAUGGAGGCAUGCUCCUGUCCUCCAUGUUCCUCCCACCGCUCCUCAUUGAGAGGCUGGGCUGCAAGGGGACCAUCAUCCUCUCCAUGUGUGGCUACGUGGCCUUCUCCGUGGGCAACUUUUUCGCCAGCUGGUACACUUUGAUCCCCACCUCCAUACUGCUAGGGCUCGGGGCCGCCCCGCUGUGGUCUGCGCAGAGCACAUACCUCACGAUCAUGGGAAACACACAUGCAAAGAAGGCGGGAAAGCACGGCAAAGACGUGGUGAACCAGUAUUUCGGCAUCUUCUUCCUCGUAUUCCAGUCAUCUGGUGUGUGGGGCAACUUGAUCUCAUCGCUGGUAUUUGGCCAGACUCCCAGCCAAGAGGCCCUCCCAGAAGAGCAGCUCAUGUCCUGUGGGGCCAGUGACUGCCUGAUGGCCACCGCAACCACCAACAGCACCCAGAGGCCCUCCCAGCAGCUGGUCUACACCCUGCUGGGCAUCUACACCGGGAGUGGUGUCCUGGCUGUCCUGAUGAUAGCUGCAUUCCUCAAACCCAUAGGAGACGUUCAACGGGAAAGUGAAGGAGAGAAGAAAUCACCACCUUUCUGGUCCACUUUACUGUCGACUUUCAAGCUAUAUAGGGAUAAACGUCUGUGCCUCUUAAUUCUACUGCCUUUGUAUAGCGGAUUGCAGCAAGGAUUCCUCUCCAGCGAGUACACAAGGUCCUACGUCACCUGCGCCCUGGGCAUCCAGUUCGUUGGCUAUGUGAUGAUCUGCUUCUCGGCCACCAACGCGCUGUGCUCCGUGUUGUACGGAAAGGUCUCGCAGUACACGGGCAGGGCUGUGCUCUACGUGCUGGGCACGGUGACCCAUCUGUCCUGUAUGAUCGCCCUCCUGCUGUGGAGACCUGGUGCUGACCAGCUGGCGGUGUUCUUCGUAUUCUCAGGCCUGUGGGGCGUGGCAGAUGCUGUCUGGCAGACACAGAACAACGGAGAGACAUCAACAUUCUGCCUUUAUCUGGCAAACACUCGGGGCUUAGAAAUUGGAAAAAGCAAACCCACGAAGGAAGUACAGGCCAAUGUUUCUGAGAUGACGGACCUGGCUGCUGUCCCGCACUGAGGAUAAAGAGCACAUGUGACCUCAGAUCACGGACCGAACACUCCAGCCACGUCCUUUCUUGUCUUCCUGGUGGGUUGCCAUCCACAGGACAGCUGAGAAUCAUCUUUGAACAAACCCGCACUGUUGGAUUUAAGGAGCCGUGUUUCACAGUCCUUUCUGCUGCCCCAGGAAUGCAGGUGGACGUAGUGAAGCUCUUCACCAAAAUGAGUGUGUGCUUGGCCCAGCGCCAUGCUCUGGCUUGUCGGGAUCAAGGCUGGGAGCCUGGAAGGGGUAGAUUGGACCCGAGGCCAGGCCAGGGCAUUGCUUAACAGAACUAAUACUGAUUUAAUGGAGGGGAGUAAACAGCAACUCACUUUGGUGUUUUUGGCAGUGCAGAAUUAUAAGCUAGCGGCGUGUCAUGUCGCCUGCAGGGCUCCUAGCUACGUUACCAAUAAGCAUCACACAGCAUUUGUUUAAACCGUCCCCUGGACGUAUGGCAGAGCCAGUGUUUUAUGGAGGUCCCCAAAUGCACAUCCCAUUAUCAGAAGUGCACAGUGACUUAUCUGAACUUACUUGAUUUAAAAAUGUAUUUACACAUUAAAUUAAAAGAAAAACACUGGGACAAAUAUCCCCACAAUAUUUCAUAAGAUAAUUCUCUAAAUGCUCCCAAUGAAUGUGAUCAUUCGUAUUUGGUUUUUGUUCUUCCUGAGCUAUGUGAAUAGUGGACUUAACUCUCCUUUUCCUUACAUGGACACACGGUACUCUCAGGGAAGGUCUUGUUGAACUGUGCAAACAAAGUUACCUAAGGACAAAGAGUAUGAAUGUCCAAGUCCAGUGAAUGACUGGAAUAAAGACUCCUUUUAAUAAGGGAUGCUAACUUAAA